CCCCCCCCCCCCCCCCCUCUCUCUCUGUUAUCAGAUGAGUGUCUGUGGUCGCAGUCAGUGUGUGUUUGUGUGUGUGUUCAGUCAGUAGCAUGGCGUCUCUCAGCCUUCUGCUGCUCAGCACCGCUCUGAUCCACACCGCCCAGCCUCUACCUGCCGCUCACGGAGGGGGGCGUAGCCUUGACGUAUCAGCGAGUGGAGUCAGACGCCAGCGCAGAGACCUCCGUAACCUGCUUCCUUAUGAGGAACAGAUGAUGUCAUAUAACGCUGCACAGGGAGGUGGCGGGUCCAACGAUCUGUACUACCAAUCAGAUGACUUGAGGGGGAGGGGCCUGAACCAGGCCCUGCAGCAAUUGGUGGAGAGAGACCAGAGGCGGGAACAGGAAGAGGGAGAGCGAGCAGCCUACCUGACCGCUCUGCUUCGCCUCCUGAAUGAGGCAGAGAGCGUGGGAUUGGUCGGCCCGGGAGAUGUGGCGGUGAUCGAGGAAGAGGAGGAUGAGGAAGACGAUCGGGAUCCCCGGCGGGACUUCCGGGGCCCAGCCCCCGCAGACUAUGAUGAGACUGGGCAGGGUAUGAGAAUGGGGAGGCCCCCCGGCGCCUGGUGGGGCCUCCUGGAGCCCCAGCUGGCUCAGGCCCUGUUGGACAGGGGGGAGCCUCAACUGGCACAGACUCUACUUGAGAGAGCGAGACAGGAGCGACUCCAGCAGACGGGUCGAGGACUGAACAGAGACCAGGACACUCUGAGACGCAUGGUUGCUAGGAUACUGUCCAGUAUCGGUCCUAACGACACCCCAGUGAACCCCUCUGGUCGUAGGGCAAAGAGGGACCUGUCUGUCACUGCAGUUGAACCCGUUAGCUCCACCCACAGGAGGACUCGCCGUUCCCUUGAGGAUGUGACACCCCCAUCACCCAGCAACGACCCCCCACUCCUAAGGGUGAAACGGCUGGAGGAGGAGGAGGAGGAGAAUCCCCGCUCCCCCACUGCUGGGCUGCAGAGGAUGAAACGCAUCGAUACCAUGACAAAUGCUGCAGUGGAAGACUUGAAUCAUGGGAGUCAUAGGCGCCGGAGGAGAGCCACCCUAAACUACGACCCCCAAAUAUUGAUAGAUCAGAUUCUGGAAUACAUGAGGGAGUAAGAGGAGAGGAGAGGAGAGGAGAGAAGAGCAGAGGAGAGGAGAGGAGAGGAGAGAAGAGCAGAGGAGAGGAGAGGAGAGGAGAGGAGAGGAGAG